UUUCAGUCCUGAAAUCUAUUGUUAAAAAAUUCAGUUUUUAUUACUUACUACACUACUCUCUCUGUAUUGGAAUAUUAAUUGCUCCACGCAACAAUGUUUUAGAAGUCUUUCACGGUCACCUUGAAGGCAGUAACUAACCCCGUCACCCUUUCCCAGUGGUGGAGAUUUCCGCCUAAUGAACCCAGUUCUGCAGCUACUUAUUUCUCGAAACUCAGUUUUUCCGUGCAACCUUUGCUGCUUCAUCAUGAAGAUAACUUGUGUAUUGCUUCAGUCAUAACCACUGCUGGUCGUGUGGCUUUCGCUUCCGUUUAUCGUCCACCUUCGACAAACUACAAUACUUUUACCGCCCUGCUCAACACUUUGCAUGACAAAACUCAAGGCUUCAAAGCUGUGGUCUGUGGAGACUUCAAUGCACAUCAUACAAUUUGGGAUACGAGAGCUGACAAUUAUGGUGACCUUUUGGUAGAAGCUAUGCUGAAGCGGAAUUUGCAGCUGCGCAGUCCACCAUUUGUGUCCACGUUUAUAAAUGCAGUAGGAGGGUAUUCUGUGAUCGAUUUGGUUUGGACUGACAACGAUCUAUCAGCAACAAUUGACUGCGCAGUUAAAGCCGAAGCUAACUGGCUUACAGGAUCCGACCAUUUACCAGUUCUCUUGUCACUUUGCGACAUCGGUGUCGGCACUUCUUCACGCAAAAGACUCAACUAUAGAAGAGCGGAUUGGACAGGCUUUCAACUGUACACCUCGGACAUGGUUGAUGAAUUGUUGGCAGCGGACUGUGAAACGCCGUCAGAUUUGGAUGCAUUGACAGAGCAAUUACACAAUGGAUUGAAUUACGGCAUCACGCUACACGUUCCCCUUUCUAGAAACCGUCAGGUAGCAACGCCAUGGUGGAGCAUUAAUCUCAGCACAAAGCGACAAAAGAUGUUCCGGUUCUUCAGAAUUUGGAGACUUAGAAACACCCUAGAGAACUGGAUUAACUACAAGCGUAUCCGGGCAGAAUUUAAAAAUGCAGUUAAGAGCGCAAAACGUCGAUAUUUUCGAGAAAAUCUAGGAAAAAUGUCUCCUGAACAAGCAUGGCAGGCCUAUAACCGGCAUUGCAACCCUCGGGAAAAUGGAGGAAUCGACGAAAUUGUUACUGGCAAAGGUGCAACGCUGUCCGUUGAAAAAGAAAAACUAAACUACUUCGCUACGGAUCUGCUCAAAGCGUCUCCACUCCCAUCGGAUAUUCCGGAAGUUACAGAGACAAACGAUUUUCAAUCGCUACCUGACGGCACUGUUCUUAUUACAGAAGCUGAACUUACACAGUCUAUAACAUCGGCUCCAUCGCACCGUGCACCAGGACCAGAUGGAAUCCAGAUGUCAUUAAUUCAGAAACUGCUGCCUAUUCUUUUACCGCUACUUUUGCGAAUAUUUAACGCUUCCUUGACACUUGGUCACUUUCCUAAACCGUGGCGAUGCGGUAAUGUCUCCAUUAUACGUAAGCCUGGACGCCCGACUUAUUCAAGCACAAUGCAUUACGACCAAUUACACUGCUUUCGGUUUUGGGGAAACAACUGGAAAAGCUUAUGAUAUCGCGAAUACACUUCUAUGGUUUGACUAACGGCUGGAUACACAAACGGCAGUUUGGCUUCAGACCGGCUCAUGGCACCGCGGAUGCUUUGUUAAGUGCAGUUGACUUCAUUAAGGAAGGAUUCAGAAGAAAAGAAGCAACAUCGAUGGUGACGCUGGAUUUACUGGGUGCGUACGAUAACGUUUCACAUUCUCUACUGCUGAACCGGUUAAAAGCUCUCGGGUGCCCGUUCUGGAUCGUGAAGUGGAUGCGAAGUUUUCUGCUACACAGAACCAUCAAAGCCGUUAGUCAAAGCGGCCAAGGAGAUCAGUUUUAUUUAACCCGUAGUGUUCCUCAAGGUUCUCCGCUCUCCCCACUGCUGUUUAUUAUUUUCAUUGAUGACCUUUUAAAGAAGUUUAAUGAAUACACCGGAUUCAUGGGACAAGCAUACGCAGACGAUCUAAUGAAUGCAGAAUGGUCUAUUGAAGCCGAAAUGCCGUUUGCAUUUGACAAAACCGAACUGAUGCACUUUACAUGUAAAAGAAAUGUUCCGACGCAGUCUCCUGUAUUAUUCGGUCAACAUACAGUUCAUCCUGUGGAUAAGCUGAAAUACCUGGGAAUAGUGUUCGAUCCCCAGCUAACUUGGACACAUCAGGUUGCUCGCGCAACCCAGAACGCGUAUGGCCGGCUCAGUAAACUUCGACCCAUUUGCAAGAAAUACUGGGGUGUCAACUACCACAUCAUGCGCCGGUAUUACAUUGGUGCUGUCCGUCCUGUUCUCACUUAUGCUGCAGUCGCUUGGUGUGGAAUUGGGAAGUCACUAUCUGCCAAAAUCAACAAAGUUCAACGGCUGGCUGCAGUGCUUAUUACCGGAGCCCAAAACACAUCUCCUACUGUCGCAUUAGACGUCGAAGCCCAGUUAACUCCAAUGAACUUACAUCUUCUUGAAGUGGCUGCGAUGUCCCUCUAUCGCUUACAAACACUGAAAGAUAUGAACAUAGCACAUGCUUUGGUACAAUACCCUGAACAACAACACUUGCACAAAUCUCCAUCGUCGUACAUUGUGCAGCGCCUGGAUGCGAUGGGGUUGAAGUUUCCUACCAAUGUUGUUUUUAGUGUACAGCAAGUUCUUCCCUACGUCUACGCGUCUUUGCGCUCCAGGGUCAUCAUUUCAGCACUGCAAGCAUCAGCCGUGAAUCACCAUAUAGCUGCCAAGCGUCUCCUCUCUACAGGACAUAUGUUAAUUUAUACCGAUGGAUCAAAACAAGGCGAUAAUGUUGGAGCUGCUGUUGUUGUUUUUACUGGCCAAGCAGUGUACCGGAAAGAAUACCGACUACCGGCUCACGCAACUGUUGCGCAAGCGGAAUUGUAUGCAGUCCAUCAAGCUUUGCUGUACAUGGGGCAGUCGGAAGUGCGUCGUGCUUUUCUAUAUUCUGACUCGAAAGCUGUAUUGGAUGGUAUCAGUGCCACUAUUUAUGGUUCGCCUAACAAAGACAUCAAAGAAGUACAGGACUGUCUGCUGUGGUUGCUUUCGCGCGGUGUUGAAGUAACCCUUCAGUGGAUCCCAGCUCAUAUUGGUAUUUAUGGAAAUGAAAUGGCAGAUUUGGCGGCAAAACAAGGAGCGCAUUUACCGGAAAACGGAGGUUUGCAACUGCCGUUGUCAAAAGCGUCGUUUAGACAACUAUUAAGCACUACAAUUUCUGCCGAAUGGCAGAAAAAUUGGUCAGCAUCUCAAAAAGGGAGAGCUCUCUACAAUGUCCAACCGAAUGUGUCUUACUCGAUAUGGAGAAAGCCAGUACCGGUCACACGAAAAAUGCAGGGACUUCUGACCCAACUUCGAAUGGACCAUUCUAGACUUAACGCGUCCCGACCUUCUCAGAUAUAUGGGAAUCCAUCUUUGUGCUCUUGUGGUUUUGCACCGGAAACAACAUACCACUUUUUCUAUCAUUGUUCUAUCUAUAAGCAUCCCUCGUUUACUGUUUUGCGAAGUUUCCUGGAACAUGCUGGCUUUACAGGACUGAGUUUCCUUAACAUAAAGUGGCUGUUGCCGCUGCUUUCUAAAGUUUUGGAGUUCUCAAACAGAUUUCGGUGAUCCAAUGAUAAGCGACUAGUUUUUACUGUCUAUGCUUACUCUGUUCCCUUGGCAAUUCUGAUAAUUUUAUAUUUGUUGGAGCAAUGGUCCUCGAAAGGACUACGCUGUAUGUUUAUGCAACAACAACAACA